AUGAUUAAUAAUAAACCACACGGUAUAAAUCUUGAUGAUAAACUUGUAAAUGAAUGUGAAUAUACAGCAGUUAUUGUUGGACGAGAUCUAUCAUCAUAUUUAAUUGCUCUGAUACUUAAACAACAUGGUCAUCAUGUAGCUAUUGUUAGUCGACCAAAUACACCAAUAAUGGUUGAUCUAUAUGAAUAUUUAUCAUUGAAAUAUUUGUAUGAAGCAGCACGACGACUUCGUUCUAUUCAAUCUCUUUGUACAAAAGGUUUUCAAUUCAAAUUUGAUGAAAAGACAUCUGACUUCGAUUGGCAACAAUUAACAAAUGAAUGUAAACAAGAUUUUUUGCAAACAAAACAAAAUUUGGAAAAAGAAAUUUUUAAGAAAGAUAUUAGUAUAUAUGAAGGUACUAUUGUCAUGAUUGAAGAUUAUGUUCUUCGAAUUAUUAGUGAAGAUGAAUUAACUCAAAUUGCUGUUCUACGAACAAAAUAUGUAAUAAUGAGUAGUGAUAUUUGUCGUUGUACAAUGAAAGACUAUUCAAAUCAAAUUAAUCAUAAUAGAAUAUUGAAGACACUAGUUGAUAUUAUUCAUUUGGAUCAAAUACCCAAGAGUUUAACUGUAAUUGGUGGCGGUACUGUUGGUACAUCAGUGGCUUCAUGUAUGAAAGAGUUAGGUUGUAUUUCAGUAACUAUUAUCGAACAGCAAUUACAUUGUCUAAUGAGUAUCAAUCAUAUUGAUAGAGAAAUAGCUGCUUAUAUUGAAUCAAUGCUGAUUAAACAACAAAUCAAUAUUAUUACAAAAUGUGCUGUAAAUUAUCUUACAGAAACUGCACCUUAUUCUACGACUGAUUCAAUUAAAACUGAUUUUCAAUUUAUUGCUAUUGGUACAAAACGAAAAUUGAAUACAGUACAUAAUAUUCCAACAACAGCUCUUAUUCAGUUAAUUGAACGUGUUUCAUUUGGACGUAAAAUUCAACUAGGAACAACGAUGGAAGAUGAACAUGGAGAAACAGUAGUUAUACCUAUAACACCUAUUGUUCCAAUUGAUUAUCAACGUGUGAAAAGUUUUUGUUCGAUAGAACAAGGUAUAAGUAUUGCCUAUCGAACAAUUUGUCAAUGUUUAAAUGAUCCCAAACCUAAUUUUGUCAUGCCUUCAUUUAUAUUCACAAUACCUCCAUUAUUAUUAAUGGGACAAACACGAAUACCAGCUGAUAAUAUGUUUAUUUGUCGAGUAACUGUUCCGCCUACGAUAAAAUAUACUAUUGAUACACCUCCUCGUGGCUUUGGUAAAUUGUGGAUAUCUCGAACACGUAAAGUACUCUGUGGUGUUCAGCUUGUCAGUGAACAUGUGUUUAUGUUUGGUAAAGCAUUCAGUAUUCUUAUUCGCAAUGAAAUAUCAUUGAAUGAUCUAUGCAAUCGAAUUGAGUUACCUGGUUCAAUUGGUGAAGUUGUACAAAUAAUGAUUAAACAAGCUAUGUAUAAUAUUAAUAAAACCUUCAUAUCGAUUGAGGAAGGACAUUUAUAA